CAAUGAUACUUGGUUGCACUCACUAUUUUCAAGAACUCUAAACCCAGUUCUGCAAGGCAUCCCAGUUUUUCUGGGUUUUAUUCAGUAUGGGAAGAGACAGCUCAUGUUUCAAUACAAAAUAAAGUAAAUAAAAUUCAGGAGACAGAUCUGAGCACAGAAGCUGGCUGAGGAAGCAGCUUGGUGAACUCCUUAGACCGUUGUCAUUUCUUAGAAACCUCCUGCUCAACAAAUGUUAUCAAGGAAUUGUUAACAAAGGCACCAGGAUUGUUUAUUUUAUGACAGAAGCAAUUAGGCAACACAGACAAAUCAUUAUUGUGGGUACACUGCAAAACAUUUAUUACUGGUUUUAGCAAGGAACAUGCCUGGAGUUAAACUCAUCAAAUACUUGCUCAUCUGCUUCUUGAGAAACAACAUAGAAAUCCAGAUGAAUGACCCCAAAAUCUCCACUCUCCUUACUCCAGGCUGACCAGAAGCCCCCAGGAGCAUUGUGGUAUGGGAGUGGGAUGGAGGAGCUCAGAUCUUUGGUCUUCUGCUGGUCCAACACAUCUGUCAGCAGUACAGCUCUGUGAGAUAAAAAGACACAAGUAACAUCCAGAUGCAGCACCAAAAUUUCAGCUGCAUUGUGCUACACAUACAGUCCUGCAUUUCAUGUUACUUUGCUGUAUUUUUUAUUUUAGGAGGAAUUGUAUGCGUCUUUGUUAUGUGUUGGUUAUUUAUAGGAGUGUCUAUUGAACAGCUAUUCUGUGCCUAUUUGAUAGUCUCAUUUCUUUUCAUGCAAGAGCCUUCAUAAUGAUUUAUUUGACUAGCAAUAGAAAUGAGGAGAGACUCUUCCCCUCCUCCUUGUCCCAGUGACAGGGCUCACCUGCUGGAGCAGCAGUUAUCCAGCCAGGAACAGACCACGGCUUUCCUCCUCCAUCAGGCUUUCCAAACCAAAGAUGACAUCAUUGCUUACCUCCAGUGAAGCAAAGGUUAUCAGCAUGGGGAGACUGCUGCCUGGCAUCUGCUGGAAAACCACAUCCAGACCAUUACAAGCAUUGUUAAAAAGCUCAGCCAGGACAUUGAGGUUUUGAAGUUGCAAAUCAGAACAAGGGAUGGUGCUGCAGCAGAAACUAAUUUUGCAGUUCAAACUCUGGACCAUAAAUACAACCAGUGUCUUGGAGACCUGCGUGGAAGAGUGGCAAGAUGCGAGGCAAGCAUCACGAAGCUGUCGGGAGACAUCAGUUUUAUCAGGCAUGAGGCCCAAAAGACUGAUAAAGAGAUCUAUGGCCUUCAUUCUACCCUCAAAAAUUGUGUUGCUGGUUUUGAAAAGAAGGUAAUGCAGCUAUUAGGGAAGAUAGAGACUUCCAGCUCUGAUCAAAGCUCAAAUUUAAAGACAGUCCAGGGAGAUCAACAUCACAAACUGCAACUUCUGGAUUUCAAGUUGGCAAGUGUUCUAAGUGACUUCAGGGAUCAGAUACAGAUUCAUCGGAAGUGGACAGAAGCACAGUUGACACGGUCUGAAGAAGAUCAAGCCCAGCAGAGGCAUCAGCUGCAUGACUUGGCGAAGGAAAGACUGGUAAGACAGAAAAAAAGAGUAGAAGAAAAGCUCCUAUUUCUGUCACUAAAGUUAGAACAAAUGGAUAAACCACAGAAGUAUGAAAAGCAGUUGAAUCAGAUGAUAAGUGAUGAGAAAAACCUGCAUGAAAGACUCACCAGAUUUGAAAGACAGAUCUGGAAGGAGACUGAGGAAAUCCAAAAUGAAUACAGAUCAGGAUUUCAAUCUAUUCAUGAGUCUCUGGAGCUGCUCAGAAAAAUACACAACACAAAACUGAAACUAGAAAAAAGGAAAAUCCAUAAAGACAUGAAAAAGGUACAACAGAAGUGACCUGGAAGACUGAACACCAUGAGCAAGUCUAUAAUAACAGCUCUGAUAUAUAGCUUCUCAACACCCAAUACUGUCCACUGCCCAAAGAAAAUCCAAGCGAACUCAGAUAAUCCUCCUGCAAUAAUCAGUACCUCAAGUCUCCUGUGCUUCUUGC